UGGCAGCCCCACUACUUUCGCGUGUUGCACUAAAAAAGAGACAAGUUGCAACUUUGAGUAUUUAUUUGUUUAUUUUUGUCGAGAAACUUUUUAAAAACGCGUAAAUCUUAAUUUGUUCUUGUAAGACUUAAAGAAAUACAAAAAGAUAGACAUAGCGGAAAUCAGGAGGCAUUUGCGAACGCUAAAAAAAAAAAUGCAAUAAACCUGCUGUGGGCUUAACUGAUUAUCUAUUAGCCAAAUUAAACGCUGUUUGUUGCCACUGAACUGAUCUGUAAGUAUGACUGAAAAGUACGACGGCAAUGGCGACUAUUCCACGUACAAUGAGGAGGACAGCAACGAGUACGGGGGCGGAGGUAAACCGCGCAAAAGUGUUGGCAGCGUCGGCGCUCACAACGGCGACGCUGGCGCCCACGAGCAUCACGGCGGUCCUGAGGGCAGCGGCAACGUGCAGCUUAAUGAAAAGGCCAACGAAUACAUACGCGACUGCAUGGCCGAGAGGAAUCGCAUGGACCGCAAGUUUCCCAUUGCCGAGAAGCUUUUAGAGGGUGAGAUUGAAAAGGUGCAGACCACUGGACGCAUUCCGUCGCGCGAGCAAAAGUAUGCUGACAUAUAUCGAGAGAAGCCAUUACGCAUAUCACAGCGGGUUUUGGUUCCCAUACGCGAACAUCCUAAGUUUAACUUUGUGGGAAAGCUGCUGGGUCCCAAAGGCAACUCGUUGCGUCGCUUGCAGGAGGAAACGCUGUGUAAGAUGACGGUGCUUGGCCGUAACUCAAUGCGGGACCGGGCUAAGGAAGAGGAGUUGCGUAUCUCCAAAGAUCCAAAAUAUGCGCACCUUAACAGCGAUUUACACGUGGAAAUAUCAACGAUUGCGCCACCCGCAGAGGCUUAUGCACGAAUCGCGUACGCUAUGGCCGAGCUGCGCAAGUAUCUGAUACCGGACAGCAACGACAUCAUUCGCCAGGAGCAGCUACGUGAGUUAAUGGAUAGUACUAGCCUCAACGAUAGCGACACCAAUACGAAAGGCUCCUACAAGAAAAUGCCGCAUAUUCAGAGCUCUAACUCUGGCGCCAAUUCAAUGGGCGGUUCUGGUUCGUCUAAUUCUGGCGGUGGUAGCGCUGGGAUAGCGAAAAAUGUGCCUCAUCAUGGUUACAGAGGUACUCAACAGUCGUCGUUCAGCAAAAAUGUGUUGGCACCCAAGCAAAAGGUCAUGUCAAUUCUCGAGAAGGCCAGAACCGCAAUGGAUGAGACUUACGGUCGCGGCUAUGAAGAUGGAAUUGCCUAUGAUCCGCAUCAGUCGUACGACACCUACAGCUAUGCAUCACACGUCGUACACGGACACGGGCAUGGACCCCCCACGAGCAUUCUAGGUGGCGUUGGAAACAUAAGUGGGGUUGGCGGCGGCGGGAGCGGUGUACGCGGCGGUCACUACGAAACUUCAGAUUACGAAACGGAUUACACGCGACGGGACUACUAUCAACACUCACCCGGCUAUGCAGGUAGGAAAGAUAGAAUGGCACAAAUGAACUAUUUUAAUAAUGCUUCUUACUUUGCAGGUGGUGGCGCAGCAGCGCAAUCAAAUCCCAACAUCGCAGCGGGCCUUAAUUCGAAUCACAAUCGCAGUCAUGUUAACAGGUGA